AUGUGCCAUAGAAUAGUUCGUUCAUUAAGUGUAGUUACAUUUUUGCUUUUGUAUAAUAAUUUUUAUACGGAAUCUACAUCGAUCAAGGAUUCAAUACAUCUAUUAAAGGUGGAAGAUGUGUUCGAAAACGACAAACCUGGAUUACAAAUAUUUUGCCACAAUGCGAAUACCAAAUAUUUGUUACACAUGUGGAAAAGUUUAACAAUGCACUUAAAUACAAAUAUAGAAAAUUAUGAUCUUUACGAUGGUAAAACUCCCGAAGAAGUGAUGGAGAAGCACGACGACAAUCAGGGAUCUUGGCGCUUUAAUCUGUUUGGUACAAAAAAUAGUAAUAAAUUGAAAAUCAAUCCAUUUGAGGACAUAUGUAUAGGCGUGCACGUACAUCCUUCGAAUUUGCACAAAUAUACGAUAAGUGUGACGCAGACACGUGUUGAUAUCACGAAAUUGUCGAUAAUGGUGCUGGGCGCUAUAACGUACUGGAGUGCACGGAAACUGAGCGGAAAUCCAUUAUUUUACUAUUUAUGCGGUAUCGCGGUUGGAAUUGCCAUGUCUGUUAUAAUAUUAGUGUACAUUAUUAGCAAACUAUUGCCAAAGGGUAAAAUUAUGUAUCUGAUGGUUGCCACUGGUUGGACUAUGAGUUUCUAUUUGAUCCAAGCAUUAUGGGAAAACGCGCAACUGAUCGUGGUACAAUACAGGGAGUGGCUGAUGUGGUAUAUCUUAGUAACGUCUUUUAUCAGCUUUGUAAUUUGCUAUCGUUUCGGUCCAGUUACAAAUACGAAAACGAAAAAACUUAUUCAGUGGUUCUUGCAGAUAGGAGGAUUACUCGCAAUGUAUUACAGCAGUUACUUUCACGAAGCUUCGUUUUUCAGUUGUAUCAUAAUUGCUCUUCUUUAUAAUUUUCCCGUUGUUAUAAUUCGGAAAGGAAGGAGUUAUUGGAAGAAUAUGUUUCACGAAAGGAGAAAACUAUUAACGGAAGAUGAAUACCGGAAAGAAGGUAUAAGGGAGACUAAUAAAGCAUUGAAUGAGCUCAAACAAUACUGUUCUAGUCCCGAAUGUAAUUCUUGGAAGACCGUUCUAAGACUAAAGGAUCCUAUAAGGUUCGCCAAGUUUGUGGAAGGUGAAUCGCAUUUGUCGGAAGACGAAUCACAAGAACAACGAUAUACCCACGUCGAUAAAGUACGAGCGAUUUUGAUAAGAAGCAGGCCGUUUACGAGCGUUAACAGGCGUUCAUGGAACUUGGAACAGAUCGAGCAACGUUCCGUCCCGAAUCGUUUAAGACACUUUACCGUUAAUUCCUAA